CUUCUGAUCCUCAUGCCUCUACUUCCCAGUGCUGGGAGUACAGUCAUGCCCUGUCAUGCCAUAUUUAUGCACUGCUGGGGAUCAAACUGAGGACAUUGUAUAUGCUAGACUAUCAGUCCACAGACUGAAACACAGUCCCAGGCCUUGUGCACAUUUUUUUUUCUGUAAACCCAAAACUGCUCAUAAAAAUACAUUUAAUUAUUUAUAAAAAGCUAUUUCAUAAGAAAAAGUACUGGGUAGGGAGGAGAUAUUUUGCUAGGUGCCAAGGGCAGGGCCUACUCCAUACAACCCUGGCAGGCCUACCGUGUGAUGACCGCCAUGGUGUGGAAACUGAUACUGCUGCUGCUGCUCUGGGAUGGACCCACAUUCCAGAACAGGAAGACAAAGAUGACUUUAGCCCACCAGGGGGUCUGAAAGAUGUGUGAGCACAAUUCCAAGUGUCAGAGGGACUGCUGUGACAACAGCUUGAACCCAUAGAAAUCCUGCACCGCCCAGACUGUGUUUUUGCAAUGUGUGCCCUGGAGGAAGGCAAACGGGCACCUCUGUGAAGAACACUCAGAAUGCCGCAGCAAGUGCUGUAUCAGGACCAGCCACAGGCCAAACAAGUUCUGCUCACCCAAGUCCAUCUUCUUGCAGUGUGUAUCUUGGCGCAAGCAAGAAGGGGACAAAUGCCAAAACCACUCGGAGUGCUGGAGCCUGUGCUGCCUCCCGCUGAGCGAGAACAGCCCUCUCCGCUGCACAAAGAGAACUGGCCUGCUGGCCUUGUGCCUGCCAGUGGUAAGUUGCCAUCCCAACCCCCACCUACUGAAGCUGUAGAGGGGAGGAGGGGUGGAGGGUUGUGUGUAAAACCAAAUCCCACCAACAGAGGGCACAGCGGCUGCCUGUAGUUAGUGUCCAUAUCCUCCAUAAAGUGGAGGAGACAGCUGGAGCAGACUGGGGGAGAGGGGGGCACGGCUCCUGGACCAGGCACUGAGCCCUCUGGGUGUGAAGAUACACAAUGAUAAAGGCCUGUUGAUCCCACCUGGAGGGACCAGACAUUUGCAAGCCAGGAAGCAGCUGGUGUUGGAACUGCCAAGAGCUGGAGUAGACAGAACCAGUCUUCAGGCCCACAAGAGCGUGUGACUAUAGCUGUGCAUAUGCGUUGUAUUUGUCUGUUCUGUCUGUCUGUCUCUGUCUCAUAGCUCUGUCUCUGUCUGUCUGUCUGUCUGUGGUGUCUAUCAAGUAAGGGAACCAUUACAACUGCCAAGCAGAAAAGGUCUCCCGACUUCUCUCCUUCUCUUCUAUUCUCUACUGGCCCUUGGCAGAGCCAGAGGACAAAAGCUCACAGAACAAUGUCUAUGAAGGAUGGGGCUUGUGGGAGUCAGCAGCGUGACUGUGCAUGGGCUUCGUGCACCGCGGGUGCCAUGUGGAGUUAAGUACGUAUUUUGCUGUUAGACAUCAUAAUACUGUUGGUGCACAGGGGUCUAUGGCUCCUAAGGUUAAGAAUAGGCACCUGCCAGGAGAGCCCCGUCUGUUGGGUCUGCUUUACCUUGAUUACCACGUGGGACAUCCUGGCACAGUUUAAAUAAAGGAAAGAGUCAGGUAGUCUCGUCCACAGUGUCCAUGCCUGGACAGGGGUGCUGUGGUUAGUGCUUAGGAUCAAGCUCAUGAGAUUUUUCUCUCUGAUCUUUGCUGUCCUUUAGUGAAUGAACAUGAGCUUGUGCGACACAGAACUAAAACUGGACUUCAGAGAACAGAGAGUGCUCUGCUCACAUCCAUACUGUUCCCCUUUUUGGGUUUCUGGAAAUCUGUAGGAAUUAGAGAUGUCUGUUGCUUAUUGUUAAUAUGAACUUGAGUCCUACAGCAUGAAGCUUCUGGGGACAAAUCAUAGGAUUGCUGCAAAAUUACUGCACAUAAAUAAAAACUACUGAUUGAUGAGGAAGUAGCUUGUCUAGCCCAUGUUUUUUCAAUAAUAAAAGCAUGAAAAUCUUUAGAAACACUGAAGACCCAUUUGGGUCUGCUCAACUCUGUAGCAGUCGGGGCUCUAUGGCCAUUAUUACUUGUGGAGAGUGAGACUGGGGCAGAACUUUCAGGAUGGCCACUGCACCAGCCCCUGCCAUCCUGCAGCAGUCUCCGUGACAAAGCUGUGACCAUGCAUUUUGUCACUGGAGGUAAACCUAAGUUGGCCAUCCCAAAGGAAAAGUUUGCCUUGAACAAACUGCCUGUAGCCAUACUAUAUAACAGAAGCUAGUCCCGGCCCCAGGGUCAGCCAUGCUGGACUUUCCAGAGCACCAGACCUGUUUCCAUAUAGGCUGUCUUUGUCAGCUUCUCCAACGUGAGCUGCUGAGGUCCUCCUUGCCCUCCAACUCUGACCCAGGUUUACCUUGCUGCCCACACUUGUCCAUGCUGAGCUGGCUGUGCCUGUGUGUCCUUCCUUCUUCCUCUCUUCCUGAUGAGCCCUCUGUGGAAGGGGGUCCCCCAGUUCCCUUCGGCUCAUGAGUCCAACACCUGCCUGAUAUUUUCCCAGACCCCUCAUAUCUAGUGCCCUGGACCUCUGCCAUGCUUCACUUUGGCUGCUGGGUUUUUGAGGGGGACUAUCCCAGUCUCUGGUCUUCCUGCACUGUCUGGUCCUCAGGGUCUU